UUGAUAAUAUUUGCUUAAACAUUAAGUAUAUUAGGUGUUAUAUUUAAAUGUGUACCUAAUAAAAUUAAAGUUUAUGUACAGUUAAUCAGUUAAUACUAAGAAAUGGUUUCCAAUCAAAUUGUUGUUAUCGGUUCAUGCAUGGUGGAUUUUGUUAGUUAUGCACCAAGAUUACCAAAAACUGGUGAGACCAUUCAUGGAAGAAAAUUUGUAACAAACUUUGGUGGAAAAGGUGCAAACCAAUGUGUAGCAGCUGCAAAAUUAGGAGGAGAAACUGCACUUAUAGCAAGGGUAGGGGAUGAUGUUUGGGCAAAAAAAUAUAUUGACAGCUUAUGCAAAGAUGGUGUUAAGGUGGAUUAUGUCAAAGAAACAGAAUCGUUUUCAACUGGUAUAGCACAAAUAAUUGUAUCUGAUACAGGAGAAAAUCAGAUUGUUAUUGUAGCAGGAGCAAAUAAUGAAUUGAGUGUAGAAGAUGUCGAGUGUGUAAAGGACGUAAUUACUAAUGCUGCUGUUGUAGUAUUGCAGUUAGAAACAUCAGAAGACGUAGCUAUCAAGGCAUGUCAGCUGUGUAGAGGAAUAUCAAUAUUAAAUGGUGCACCUGCUCUCAGUAAAUUUGAUCUGCAACUGCUACAACUACCUACAAUAUUUUGUGUUAAUGAAUCGGAAGCAACAGUAUUCACAGGCCUGCCAGUUAAUAAUGUUUGUGAAGCUGAAGCUGCGGCUACUAAACUUCUGUUUUUGGGUUGUAAAAGUGUCAUUAUCACACUGGGACCAUUAGGUGCUAUUUAUGUCAAUAAUGAAGACAAACAAUUUAUUCAUAUUGGAAGUCCAUUGGUGAAGAGUGUAGAUUCCACAGGAGCAGGUGAUGCCUUCAUUGGAGCGCUUGCUUACCUUUUAGCAAACGAAAAGGAACACGGAAUCCAGAAGUCUAUUCAACUUGCAUGUAUUGUUGCGGCGGAUACUGUAACUCGUCCUGGAACACAGACAAGUUUUCCCGGUCCAGAGAUACUGAAAUGUAGAAAACAGGAUAACUAGAAAUACAGAGCAAAGGUGCUCCAUUAAAUAAAUAUCAAUUGUCUGUGUUCACGUUUAUACUUGUAAAUUUAUAUUCAGUGGCAAUUAUACUUACCAUUAUUUAUCAUACAUUUUUUAUUGUUUGAUCGUUAUUUUUUACUUAUUCUGUUAUUUGUUUUUUUAUUGUCCAAAAAUAAAGUAGUAUGUGCUUUUA